UGAUUGACUAGCACUGUUGGUUUGGAGUCAUGUAUCCCCACAAGUCUCCAUCUCCAUCAGCCCCUCCACCGGGAUAUGCUCAGCCGUCACGACCACCACCAAACGCCACCGAUGUUUCAGCUUCACCUCUCUUCUCUCAGACCUCUUGGUCCACCGGACUUUGUGACUGUUGUAUCGAUAUCCCUAAUUGUUGCUUAACAUUUUGGUGCCCUUGCAUUAUUUUCGGGCAAAUAGCUGAGAUUGUAGACAAAGGAAGAACUUCUUGUGGAGUACAUGGAGUCCGAUACGCAUUGAUCAACGUGUUAACUUGUUGUGGAUGCCUUUAUUCAUGUACGUAUCGAACUAAGAUGAGACGUCAACAAGGAUUGCCCGAAGCUCCCACCAACGAUUGUUGUGUUCAUUUUUGUUGCGGCCCAUGCGCCUUGUGUCAAGAAUAUCGUGAGCUCCAACACCGUGGAUUUGAUAUGUCUAUUGGAUGGCAAGAGAGUAUGGAUAGAUCGAUGCCUAAUGGAAUCCAAAUUCCGCCCGUGACUCAUGGAGGAAUGAAUCGUUAAUGUUUUAUACGAAAUCUAUGUUUAUUGCAUAAUUCAUGAUGUUUAUAUUAUAAUUAGCCAAGCUAAUGUGUCUUAUCAUUCAUUUCAACAUAUGCUUCAACUUCAUAUCUUCAAGCUCUUGUUCUUGUGUUCUUCCUUUGAAGUGUCAUAUACACUUUCUUGCAAUAGGAUUUGCGUUGCAUCGGUUUUUCAA